AAUCUUGACACCUCUCUUUCUUUCAUAUGAUUUUCCCAUAUUUUUUACUUUCUCAGCGUUGAAAAGUCUGAAUUUCACAGACCUAUACCGACCCUUCAACCCCGCUCUCUUUCUCUCCUCACCCCCUCCCUCCAUUUCUCUCCCUCCUCCCUCUCUCUCAGACGGCUAACCCAGACUCGGUGGAAGGUCUGGUUCUGAUCAACAUCGACCCAGAAGCCCGGGGCUGGAUGGACUGGGCUGCUCAGAAGCUCACCACGCUGACAUCUUCCCUCACAGACCAGAUGAUGAGUCAUCUGUUUAGUCUGGAGGAGAUGUCAGCCAACACUGAGCUUCUGCAGUCUCACCGAGAGCGCAUCUCCAAAGCCCCCAACCUCGUCAACAUGGAGCUCUUCUGGAAGAGCUACAACAGCCGCAGGGACCUGAACAUCGACCGCAACACUACCUUCAAGUGUCCAGUGAUGCUUGUGGUCGGUGAUCAGGCCCCGUACGAGGAAGCUGCAGUGGAGUGCAACAGCAAACUGGACCCUACAACAACUUCAUUCCUGAAGAUGGCUGAUGCAGGUGGUCUUCCUCAGCUCACCCAGCCCAGCAAGCUGACCGAGGCCUUCAAGUACUUCAUCCAAGGAAUGGGCUACAUGGCCUCGUCCUGCAUGACGCGCCUGUCUCGCUCGCGCACCACCUCCCUCUCCUCCUCCUACUCCAUGGAGGGCUCCCGCUCCCGCUCGCGCACCCUCUCCCAGGGCUCCCAGGGGGGGCAGAUGCCGCCCUCCCCCUCCCACACCAUGGAGGUGUCCUGUUGAAGAGAGAGAGAGAGAGAGAGAGAGAG